AUGAUUGGAAGAUCUCAAGUCCAUAUUUUUUGGGGUGCUCCAGUUCUCCCACUGAAAAUGACAAUAUCACAGGAACCAACUUUUUUAAUACCUGUUACUGAUCACUGGAAAAAGAUUCAGCUUUUGUACAGUCAACAUUCUUUACAUGUAAAGGAAGAAAAAUGCAAUCACAAAAGCCUUGAAAAUUAUCAAGUCAUAGAUGGCAUUGACCCUCUGAGUCUUACUAGUCAUUGUUUAGUGAACUCUAGGAAAAGAUCUGUUCAUUUGAAAGAUAACUUUAUAUGCUCUAUUUCUGAGACACAGAAUGCAAAAUCCCAGAAGAGUCCUUCCUCAGGGGUGAAGGACGUAACAGACUCUAGCAUGCUAGGAUGUGGACUUAAGAGCAGAGGGAAACAUUUAACUGAAGAAAAUUAUCGAAAGCUUGUCAGUGAAAAUAAGAAAAUCACAGUUGAACAGCAUAAAGGUCAGUUAGAUAUCUGUGCUUCAAACAUAGAAAAAACAACGCUACAGUUAGAUUCUAAGCAUGCAGCUAUAUUAGAUUUGGUCUGUACUACUAAGCAGAUUAAUAUAGGGUCAGAAGCUAUAGAAACAACAUGUGUGCCAAGAGCACAUCAUGAAAUGCAAAACCAACGUCUGGAAUUCUUUUCCUCUAAAACAGUAGAUAAACCAAGAUCUAAAGGAGCAGUUAAGAAAGUGUCAAACCUUAAAAUAUCUACUGACACUGAAUUUCUCAGUAUAAUGACCUCUAGCCAGGUUGCUUUUUUAGCUCAGAGAAAGUGUAAAGGGAAGAAUUCUCUAAAUAAAGGGGCCAUAAACAUGGAGAUUGGACCAACAGUAAGUCAUGAGGAAAUGAGAGUAACGCAGGAUAAUUUGAUUCAGCCUAGUGAGGAUUUGGCAGAAGGGUAUGAAAGUGGACAAGAGCAAGCAUAUUCCCUUGAACUUUUUAGUCCCGUUUCUCCUGAAACAAAAAGUAACCACAUUCUCUUAAACUCUGAUAAAGAUCUUGAAGAAAAUAAAGGAUCUCAAGAACUUUUCAGUUCUGAAGAAAAACUGCCACCAAAUGAGAUCUGUAUUGAGUCAUGUAGGUCAGGAAUACUGUGCUCCCAACACAAUAACUUCGAUAAAAGUGCCAGUAAAAGAAGUUGGACGUCUCACGAUGCAUCAGGCCAUUCUGAAGCUCUAUCUAAAAUCUUCCAAGUAUCUAAGAAAACUAAAUUGCUUUCUAAUGCAAGAUGUCUUGCUGUAACACUGGGCCAGAGGAAUGUGUCUGAGUUUAAAUAUGUUAAAAAAACAUCAUUAAUAAAAAAUUGUGAUUGUAAAAGUCAGAAGUAUAAUUGCUUAGUCAUGGUGUUAUCUCCAUGUCAUCUGAAAGAAAUAAAAAUAAAAGCAGGACCAAAUUCUGGCUCUAAAGUACCUUUAGCAGCAAUUACAGUAAUCGACCAAUCGGAAAUUAAGAAGAAGGUUUUUAUGUGGCGGACUACAGCAUUUUGGGCACUUACAAUGUUUCCUGGAGAUAUAAUUUUACUCACAGAUGUUACUAUUCAUGAGGAUCAAUGGGUUGGUGAGACAGUACUACAAUCAACAUUUACCAGUCAGUUAUUAAAUCUUGGGAGUUAUUCGUCUGUCCAGCCUAAAGAAUAUUCCAGUAUCGUUAGUGCUGUUGUGCUUCAAGACUUACUGGCACAUGUGUCUUCAAAACAUUCUGGUCUCAAAGAUCUUCCUCAGAGGCAGCGUCAAAAAGUGAACAGUAUAGAGUUUGUAGAACUGAAGCACCUUCAGCCUGAAAUAUUAGUCCAUGCAGUAGUAAGAGUUAUUGAUAUCACUGUAUUGACAGAAGCAUUAUACAAUUAUAGAGGACAGAAGCAAAGGAAAGUUAUGUUAACGGUGGAACAGGCCCAAGGUCAACAUUAUGUGCUUGUUUUAUGGGGUCCAGGAGCAGCCUGGUACCCUCAACUUCAAAGGAAAAAAAGAGUGGUUCUAAUCAAAGCCCAGAUUUUAGAGCUGGUGUUUCCUAUUAUGGCAGCCCAGAAGAGGCAGAUAACCCUAAAUGCUCAGAGUUCUCUGAAUAGUAUUCUCUCUUCUCUUCCCAACAUUAUAUAUACUGGCUGUGCAAAAUGCGGAUUGGAACUGGCAACUGAUGAGAACAAGAUCUACAAACAAUGUUUCAGCUGCUUGCCAUUUGCUAUGAAGAAAAUAUACUAUAGGUCAGCUUUAAUGACUGUAGUUGAUGGAAGCCAUAAUAUUUUCAUUCAAGUGGGAUCAAAGCUGAUAGAGAAGAUUCUUCUCAACAUUUCCCCUGAUUGGCUCAACAGAGUUAUAGUACCUUCCUCGGGAAUCACCUAUGGGAUGGUGGCAGCAGACUUGCUUCAUGCCUUGUUGACACUCGGCGGGACACCUUGCCUACUGAAAAUUCAGAGCCUUUUUGCAUUAGAUGAAAACAGCUACCCACUGCAACAAGAUUUCUACCUCAUAGACUUUUUUCCUGACAAUAAUCCUACACCCUGA